AUGGUCGUCCAGUUCAAGGUCUUCAAGAAGGCAGCCCCCAACGGCAAACUGACCAUCUACCUUGGUCGCCGUGACUUCGUGGAUCAUGUGUCUGCCGUCGAUCCCGUUGAUGGCGUGUUGGUGUUGGACCCAUCUUACCUUGACGGACGCAAGGUGUUCGGACAGCUUGUGUGCAGCUUCAGGUACGGUCGCGAAGAGGACGAGGUCAUGGGACUGAACUUCCAGAAGGACCUGUUCCUUGCCUCCGAGCAGAUUUAUCCUCCCAAGGACAGCCAACCCACCAAAUUGCAGGAGCGUCUCAUGAAGAAGCUCGGACCGAACUCGUACCCAUUCACCUUCAAGAUGCCCGAGCAGGCCCCGCCCUCCGUCACCAUCCAGCCUGGCCGCGAGGACGAGGGAAAGCCCUGUGGCGUCGAGUACUACAUCAAGGUGUUCGUUGGCGAGAACGACGCCGACCGAAACCACAAGAGGUCCACUAUCCAACUGAAUAUCCGAAGGAUUCAGUUCGCCCCCAGCAAGACCGGCCGCCAGCCAUGCACCAUCGUCCGGAAGGACUUCAUGCUGAGUCCCGGGGAACUCGAACUGGAGGUGACGCUCGACAAGCAGCUAUACUAUCACACUGAGAAGAUCGCCGUCAACAUUUCCAUCAGGAACCACAGCAAUAAGACCGUCAAGAAAAUCAAGGCCGCUGUCCAGCAGUCUGUGGAUAUCUGCUUGUUCUCAGGCGGCCAAUACAAGAGCACCGUGGCCAGCGUUGAAACACAGGAAGGCUGCCCCGUGUCUCCCGGCUCCGCCCUGCAGAAGAUUCUGCAUCUUCUCCCGACAUUGGACAGUAACAUGGACCGCCGAGGAGUCGCCCUGGACGGCCACCUGAAGAACAUCCACACCAACCUGGCGUCCAGCACUCUAUUGGCCAACCCUGAGAACAAAGACAUGUUUGGAAUGGUGAUAUCCUACACAGUGAAGGUGAAGUUGUACCUCGGUGCCAUGGGCGGGGAGGUCACCGCCGAGCUGCCUUUCGUCCUCAUGCACCCCAAGCCCGACCUGCGCCGCAUGAUGCGCGCCGACAGCCAGGCGCAGGUGGAGGCCUUCCGCUCCGAGAGCAUGGGCGCCUCCGUCGACAUGGACUAG